AUGCUUAGAAGAGAAGCAACUACCAUUAAACUAUCUGCAGAGGAUGUACUUGAUUAUGAUGAAUCCUUAGAAGAGAGACGUUUACAGCUACAGCAACAGCAACAGCUACAACAACAGCAACAGCUACAACAACAUCCUUCGAAUCUGAAUGAAUCGACAAUCAUUAACCAGCCAACUAACCCUGCAUCUGAUUUCAACACAUCAAACAUCCUACAAGAGCAGUUGAACAAUACAGAUGAAUCACUAUUGGAUACUAGAGCAAGAACCAAAAAUGAGAGAAUUCUAUAA